UUCUGAAUGCACAAUUACAUGUCAGAGCUAAGAGUAUUGGUGAUGUUUUGUCAAAAUGCUUUCAAAAACUUAAGAGAAGUUAUAUGAGUGAGUAUCUUGGAAUCCAGGAUGACCAACUAACAAUGACAGGAUAAAGGUCUCUUUCUUACUCUAUUAUUAAAGAUCCUUUAGGAAAUAUUCCCAGGGUCAUAUUGUAGGAUGUAGUAAUUUUAUUGAGUAUUUAAACAACAGUCUAACUCUGUGUUAUAGACUUUUCCAGAGGAGGUGGAGAAGAGUGAAUUAUGUCUGUCCUGAACUCUCCUAGGUUAUGAUGACCUGCUGUUCUGAGUCUUCCAUUUUAUAAGGUGCUGUAAUGCUGUGUGUUAUUUGUGCUGCUGUAGGUGGUAACUGGAAAGUUUCCGUAACCACCAGUGACUUGCCAAAUGCAGGAACCAGCUCACAGGUUUACAUUAUACUAUAUGGACAACGAAGAAGCUCAGCGCCCAUCUAUCUUUAUGGAACAGAUGGAGCUCGAUUUCAGGAUGGCCAUGAAAACAUAUUUACUAUCACGGUUGGAGACAUUGGUACACUUUUUAAAAUUCGUAUCGGUCAUACAAACUCUGGAAUCUCCCCUUCUUGGCAUUGUAAACAGAUACAAUUGUGGGACAUGAAUUCUGGAAAAAAGUUUUAUAUACCUGUACAACGAUGGUUGGCACGAGACCAAGAGGAUGGGGAAAUCUGUCGAGAAUUUCCUGUUUUAAACAGAGGACAACCCACUCUUCCAGUAACAGUAUAUGAAGUGCACGUGGCAACGGGUGAGCUUUGGAAUGCUGGGACAGUAGCAAAUGUCUACAUAUCAAUCUAUGGGAAAAAGGGAGAUACAGGAUCCAGACAACUAUUUCGAUCGAAGAGCUCCAUCAGUUUUUUAAGAGGACAAACUGACACCUUCUUCCUAGAAGCUGUGCACCUUGGGGAUUUAUACAAAAUUGUCAUAGGACACGAUGGGCUUGGCCCAGGAAAUGGCUGGUUUCUUGACGAUGUUGUAAUCAGUGAUCCUACAACCAAUCAUGAAUAUGUCUUCUUCUGCCACAGAUGGCUGGAUCAAGGGGAAGAUGAUGGUAAAAUUGUCAGAGAACUCUAUGCCAGGGAUAACAAUAUCAUCUCUGCAAGGCAGAAGCUAGAACGUAAUAGAAAGGAAACAUGGGCUGCAGAAAGCUGGAAGUUUAUGAAGGGAAAUACCCUUCAAUUCUACAACAAGCUUACUGGAGGGUUUGUCCGUCUGCAUCCAGAUGGCAUAGUUGAUGCAGUUGGAGAGAAGACAGACAAAUAUGGUCUCUUUGAUGUUAUUUUCAACAAAGGAAAUAUAUGCAUAUUCCAAAGUCAUGAAAUAAGGCAUCUUUCUCUUGCUGUUAACAAUGGCUUUGUCACUGGAAUGGCUAGUGGUGGAGCCUCCACUGAGCUACGGGUGCGUUAUCAGCCCAACCGCUGUGCACUUCUUGAGUCAGCACAGGUUCCUGGGCACACCGUUAUCUUUGACUCCCAUGGCAAAAUAGCUGAUGAAUCAUCAACAGGCUAUGCAGGCCUUUCCAAAGAAUUUGUUGUUUUUGUCAAGGGUGUGUUCCUCAACAGUGCUGUGGUUCUGCUUGCCACAAGCCUGUGCCAAGCCCUGUGUCUCCAGCCGGAUGGCAGCUGCACUGGAGUGGGAAACCAGUCUGAAAAAUCCUACUGGAAAGUGCACAAAAUCAGCGCUGGGAUUUGCAUGUUUGAAAGUGUGAAAAAUGCACGGAUGUAUCUGAGGAUUAAAGAUGGCCAGUGUGAUGGAACAGGUACAGGAGAUAUUGACUGUCAUUUUAAAAUUAAGAAGAACUUGGAAAAUGCAUCUAUAAGCCUGGAAUCUACAAAGAGCCCCGGAUUGUUUGUUGGACUCCAGUCAGAUGGACAGGUGAAACCAGUUAUUUACACCAAGAAUGGGAAUGUUUUCUUCUAUCCACAAGUCAUCAAAUUCGGCAGAGAAAACCCAAUGGGUAUGUCUGCAACAGCCAGCCAAGAAGAGGAAAAGAUCCAGGAGUCAAAACACCAGCAAGAAAUACCACCUGCAUCUGAGGCCAGAGGUUCCUCGCUUUCUUCAGCUGCAAAAGUCAGACCUUCCCAGAGCAGUGAGACUCUUCUGUCAGAAGAUGAAUGGAAGGUGUUAGUGCUGACAGGAAACACAGGGACUCGAGCCAAUGCCACACUCUGGGUGUAUGGAGAUGAAGGAGUCACUGGACCAAUAAGUCUUAGCAAGGACAGCCCAGAGCAGCUAUUCCUUCCAAGACAGGAGGAUGAGUUUCAGGUUGAAAUAAGAAACAUUGGAGAGAUAUAUAAAAUAAGGAUAGGACAUGAUGCAACUAGUGAACAACCUGAAUGGAACUUACAGAAGUAGUGAGGUACCAUGUUGACAUCCAUACUGGGCUACUGAAGAGAGCAGAAACAGAGUCGAAAGUUUCCCUGUGUCUCUAUGGGGAGAGGGGAGACUCUGGCCUUAGACUGCUGUGCAGCUCCAAGAUGCCAGUCACAUUUCAAAGA